UAAAGUGAAUGGAGGAAAUUCCAUUAGUUUAAAUUUAUUUUUUAGAGAAAAAUAUGAUUAACUAACUGUGGUUUUCUUAUUUUAGCUUUUACGUUUCUGGACGAAGACUAACUAAAUUCCAUUCUAAGUAUGAGCACAUUAAUUUGCUCAUAUACGAGCACAAAAUCUGCAGCUAUUGAUAUUGUAUUAAUUUAAAAUAAUAGCAAGCCGCUAUUCGCGAAAUUUCUUUUGAAUAUUUUUUUUUUCACACGCAUUUACAUUUUAGGCUGUGCUCUGAUUUUGUAGACUACGCGUGCUGCUUGUCUUAUCAUAUUGCGUUUGCGAUAUAAUGGCGGCAGCUAUUUCGACCCCGGCCGGGCAGAGAAUGAGCACCCGCGCCACUGCCGCUACUCCGUUGAGCCCUACAAGAAUAUCUAGGCUGCAAGAGAAGGAAGAAUUAAGAAACCUGAAUGACCGAUUAGCCGUGUACAUUGACAAAGUACGAAGCCUCGAGUCCGAAAAUAGUGUUCUUCACCUGCAGAUCACCGAGAGAGAAGAAGUGAGAAGCCGAGAGCUCACUAGUAUUAAAUCACUGUACGAGACUGAGCUUGCGGACGCGAGGAGAUCCUUGGAUGACACAGCUAAAGACCGCGCCAAACUUCAGAUUGAAUUGGGAAAGUUGAACACCGAGCAUGAGCAACUGUUGCAAAACUAUGUGAAGAAAGAUGCCGACUUGGCUUCCUCCCAGGCUAAGCUGAAGGACACUGAGGCAGCCCUACGCUCAAAGGAGGCCAAGCUAGCCCAUGCACUGUCUGAACAGAGGGGUCUGGAGGGCGGCCUGUCUGACCUGAAGGCACACAUCCUGGAGCUGGAGACCAGCCUGGCGUCCUUGAGGAAACAGCUCGGGGAGGAGACGCUGCUGCGGGUGGACCUGGAGAACCGCUGUCAGAGCCUGGCCGAGGAGCUCCAGUUCCGCAAGAACAUGUUCGAGGAGGAGAUCAACAAGACGAAGCGGCACCACGAAACUCGUCUGGUGGAGGUGGACUCGGGCAGGCAGGCGGAGUACGAGUUCAAGCUGGGCCAGGCUCUGGCGGAGAUGCGUGAGCAGCACGACGGACAGGUGAAGCUCUACAAGGCCGAGAUGGAGCAGACCUACGUGGCCAAGCUGGAGAACGCCCGCCUGUCCUCGGAGACGAGCAGUGCUGCGGCCGGCACGGCUCGAGAGGAGCUGAGGGAGUCUGUGCUGCGCAUGCAGAGCCUGUCCGCCCAGUUGGCCAACCUGCAGAAACAGACCCGUGGCUUGCAGGACCGGAUCGGUGAGCUGGAGACGGCGCUGGGGCAGGCGCGGGACGCCAGCCGCAGGAUCCAGGCGGAGAAAGAGCAGGAGAUCGCCGAAAUCCGGGCCAGGAUGCAGCGGCAGCUGGACGAGUACGAGCAGCUGCUGGACGUCAAGCUGGCUUUGGACAUGGAGAUCAACGCCUACCGGAAACUUCUGGAAGGAGAAGAGGAGAGGUUGAAGCUGUCCCCCGGGCCGUCCUCGCAGGCGUCCUCCAGCCGCGGCGUGCGCACCGCGCGCGGGAAGAGGAGGCGCGUGGACGUGGAGGAGUCCGAGGCCAGCGUCGCCAGCAUCUCUCACUCUGCGUCCGCCACCGGGAACGUCUGCGUCGACCGACUGGACACGGACGGGAAUUUCAUCCGCCUGCAGAACACCUCCGAACAGGACCAGCCUAUGGGGGGUUUUGAGAUGACCAGGACGAUUGGAGAUGUCUCUGCUACCUACAGGUUCACUCCCAGAUAUGUCUUAAGAGCAGGGCAGAAAGUCACGGUCUGGGCCUCCGAUGCAGGCGUGAGCUCCAGCCCCCCUGCUGACCUCGUCUGGAAGAACCAAAGCUCCUGGGGUGCUGGGCAGGACGUCAGGGUGGUGCUGCGGAGCCCGCAGGGAGAGGAAGUGGCUGAGAGGAGCAUGGUCUUUAAGAUGGUCUCAGCGGAAGAGGAGGGUGAAGAGGAAGAAGAAGAGGAGGAGGAUGAAGACGAAGAGGAUGACGAAGACCUCGAGGGUGAAGCACAUCACUCAAAGAGAGGCUGCUCCAUCAUGUAAAGGCGCCAACACGAUUUCCUCUGACCCAACGCGACCCGAUUAUGAUGACGCUGCCAACAGAACUGCCACAGAGCUAUUUUUGUAACCGUUUAGUUUUUAUUGUGAACGCGUGAUUGCAUUUUUAUACCUUUGGGAAACGCAGAAGAUUGCAAGCCAUUCUGCUGCCAUUUUCUGCGAAUUGCAGAAUGUAGCCAUCGUGAGUUGUUUUAUAUGAGUCCGUUUUUGUUUUGCCAGAUGACUAUUUUUGUAGAAUAGAUGAGAAAACUGAGUUUGUGAAAGAGAGGCAGCUUGCAGAAUAAUAUUCUCCUGGUGCUGUGGUCAUAUUUUUUUAACCACUUCUAUAUCCUGACUGUUUUAAGGUAGCAUUUUAAGGCACUUCCUCUUGGAUAGAAACCUUUUAGUAUUUUCUUUUUUAGACUAGCAGGAUGCUGCAUGUUUUCCUGUAAAACAAAAAGUGCAGGAUUUGCUGUCAUUUUGGAAGCCUGUGUUUGCAUGUUCUGCUUGUACAGUAAGGUUACCGGCACCAUUGAUAAAUAUGCACAAAGAAUAUUGUAAACUAACAAUACCAUUAAUGACAUAAACCUUAUUUUCAAACAUGUAUAAUGUAGUGUGCUUUAUUAAUGAUUCAAUGGAAUCAAAGUCUUACAUUUUCCAAAUAAAAAUGUAUUUACCCCAUAAAA